AUGUUGCGCGCCACCGCUCCCUUGCGUGCGUCUUUCGCUCUGGCUUCGCGUCGCGGUUUACUCGUGACGCGUGCCAUGUCGUCCCUCCCUUCUUUCGCCACUGUGGACCCGAACUGCAGUGGAGCGAGCCCUGCCGUUGGUUUUAACUUGGUGAACGGCCAAUGGACGCAAACAGCCAAGACCGAAACGAUCCUGGACCCGCUGAAUGGCGAAGCUUUUAUGACCAUGCCGCUCACGCAGAAAGACGAGCUGGCGCCGUUUAUCCAGAGCAUGACGAGCUGUCCCAAGCACGGGCUGCACAACCCUUUGAAGAACGUCGAGCGCUACAUUCUGUACGGUCAAGUCUGUGCCAAGGCAGGCGCCAUGUUCCGGGAAGAGAAAGUGGCUGACUACUUUGCGAAGCUUGUGCAGCGCACGUCACCCAAGAGUUACUACCAGGCGCGGAAUGAAGUCCGCGUGACGGGCAAAUUUCUCGAGAACUUUUCGGGAGACCAAGUGCGCUUCCUCGCGCGCUCGUUUGGUGUACCAGGCGACCAUAAGGGACAGGCGAGCCACGGCUACCGUUGGCCGUACGGUCCCGUGGCGCUGAUUACGCCAUUUAACUUUCCCAUUGAGAUCCCACUGUUGCAGAUGAUGGGGGCCUUGUUCAUGGGCAACAAGGUGUUGUUGAAGGUGGAUUCCAAGGUGUCGAUCGUCAUGCAAGAGACGUUGCGUCUAUUGCACGAGUGUGGCAUGCCCAUGACCGAUGUGGAUUUUGUCCACUCGGACGGCGGUGUAAUGAACGAGCUGCUGCUGAAGAUCAAGCCACGCAACACGCUGUUCACUGGAUCACAAACUGUUGCGGAAAAGCUUGCAAAGGACCUAAACGGUCGUAUUAAGCUGGAAGAUGCAGGUUUUGACUGGAAGGUGCUUGGCCCCGAUGUUAGCAACUUUGAUUACGUCGCCUGGACUUCUGAUCAGGACGCUUAUGCUUGCUCUGGACAGAAGUGCUCGGCUCAGUCCGCUUUGUUCAUGCACAAGAACUGGGUAAAGGCUGGUUUGGAAAAGAAGCUUGCUGAACUCGCAUCACGACGGAAGUUAUCUGAUCUGACGAUUGGGCCUGUGCUGACGGUCACCACAAAGCGUAUGCUUGAGCACGCUGAUUCUCUGUUGAAGAUUCCAGGUGCGCGUGUCGCGUUCGGAGCUGAAGAGCUUGAGAACCACACGAUCCCGGAACAGUAUGGCGCGGUCAAGCCCACUGCUAUCUUUGUCCCGCUCAAGGAGUUUGUCAAGCCGGAGAAUUUCGAGCUUGUGACGACGGAGAUUUUCGGUCCUUUCCAGAUAUUGACUGAGUACGAUGACAACGAGUUGCCCCUUGUUCUGGAUGCUCUGGAACGUAUGGAAGCUCAUUUGACUGCUGCUGUGGUCUCGAACGACCUGGAGUUUACCCACGAAGUACUUGCAGCUACGGUGAACGGUACGACGUACAGCGGCAUUCGUGCUAGGACAACGGGUGCGCCUCAGAAUCACUGGUUCGGCCCUGCAGGUGACCCAUGUGCAGGUGGAAUCGGUACGCCAGAGGCCAUUAAGAUGGUGUGGUCUUGCCACCGCGAGAUCAUCAAUGAUGUCGGUCCUGUGCCCGCAGACUGGGCGAUUCCUGAGGCCACGUAA